AUGUCUCGCCCUUUGGGCCCAACUACUGCUACGGCAUUCGACUCUCUACCUAUAGAACUCAACAAGGCCAUCGUUCAUGAACUCGACAACGACAAGGAUAUUGCGAAUUAUCGCCUGAUCUGCCAUUCUACAAACGAUGCCAUUGAUGCAGACAGACUUUCCUUCUGGCGCGCUAAGUAUCGCGAGAAGUAUGACUUCAAGGACGGUCUUAACAAUCUGCAAUUAUGUCGCGUAUACCAGCGUCGCUCCAAGCAGCUUAGACGAGGGAUCAAAUACCCCUUCUUCCAUGGCAUUCGCCAAGGAGAGAGACAGGUCGUCAAUAUGCUCAAGGAUAUGAUCAAUGAGUCAUUCCAAGGAGCUACCACAGUUGACGAGCAUGGCCGUCUCCGCUGCAAGAAUCACGCUCACAUCCUGGACUUCAUUCUCAGAUCUCGCCUUCUUAAUACCGACCGACGCGCCCCUGACACCCCACCCGGCGCAUUGAAGCACAUUGAUGAUGGGCUUGCCGCGGUGAAGCUUAUGUGCUCUCAAUUUGUCUUUAACAUCGAAGGCUUGGAGCACAACAUCUUUGCUUUUGAGGAAUCGCAGCACACAGUUUACCUGUCUGCAUCUGCUGCUCCACUCUUCAAUUACGAUCACACAAAGUUGAACCUCGGUUGGAUGCUACACGCCAUGAGCUUCUUCCGUCAUCACAUGAUGAACGAGAACGCCCAGACACUCUUCGACAGGAUCGAAGGGCUAGACGCUACCCAGAAGCCCUCAGCGUGGCGAGAACAGCUUAAAAUUGGUGUUCAGCCGCUGAGCAAGUACUGGAAGGGCACAUACUCAUUUCUUGAUAACUCUGAGGUCCAGAAGCUGCGACGACAAGGUCCAGGAAAGCAAGUGUAUAUCGACAAGAACGUUGACGAAGGCAAAAUCCAGUCUCUCGAGCUCGUUUUCGCAGAAGAUAGUGUCCUGCCCGAUGGUCGCCGGCUACCAUGGCCCUCCGUUUUUGAAGACCGUCUCCGCUCGCUUACGAACGACACUGGCAAGCAAGGCAUCACAACUCAAGGCCGGAGUCUAGCUAGAUCUACCGCAUCCAGCAUUCAGUUUGAGGGCAAGGGCGAGGACCUUGACGACGAAUACAUGGCUCUUGGAUGGCUCAACAUUCUGCCUCCUCAAGGUGGUAUCCCUGGCUGGCAGCGCAUCACCUUCAUGAAGCACUUCACCCAGGACUACAACAACCUAAAUGAGGACAAUCUUUGGGCAUAUGAGGGCGUUGUUUUGCCAGGUGGCCGGAUCAUUCUGGGUCGAUGGUGGUUUGCUUCGGAGCAGGGUCAUCGUAACCUAGAGUACAACGGACCUUUCAUCUUGUGGGCGGUCGAUGAACCCGACAUGGAGGAUAACGACAGUGAUAACUGCAGCGACGAAGGUCUCUGA